GAAGCUGGAAUACAAAUUAAUGAAGAAGAAGCAAGGAAAUUCAGGGAAAAUGACGUGGAUGGAGAAACGGUGGAUUGUGGACUCACUGAAGCCAUGGUUGGAUACCUGUUUGAUGGUUCCUUCAAAAAGCAAAUAAAAUUUCAACAGUUUGUGCACCAAUACAAGGAGGGUGAGACCAUCAUUACAUUGGAGCCAGUACCAGUUCAGUCUACAGCAGAGCUCCAGCCUCAGCCUUCAGCUGAUCCAAAUGGUGGACCAGCUCGCAAGAGACUACCCAUUGUGAUUGUCCUUCCAACCUUUCCCAGAGAUGUCCAGAUGAGGCUUGAUGCCAAGGAACCAUGUCACAAAGUACCAAAACUACGCAACAAAAUAAUCAGAGUGCUGUAUGAAAUGAUGGCAGAAUACACCCUGUAUCCAACCAACGCAGAAUAUAUUCAAGUUGCCAAAGCACUGAUUAUGAAAUACCCUUUCCUGAGAGAUAUGGAGGGGAAUGGCUAUCACACCUGGCACAUGUCCCUAAAGCGGAAAUUUAAAGCAGAACGUGCACCACUUCUCAGCGACAGUGAAGUCAGAAAGCUGAAAGAGAAGUUUGGCCACACAAGACAGUCCAAAGCCACCAGUGCAUCAAUGAGUUUGUGCCGAAAGCCAGCUAAUGUAACAUUUGACAUUUGUGUUGGGGAGGAUUCCGCAUCUGUUGAGGCCCAUGUGAACGUGCUACAAAGUGAGUAUCGGAAGACGCAUCCAGACAUCUCAACUGUCAAAGACCGCAUGGCGCGAACAUUUUCCUGGCGACGUCGCGAAAUCAUGGAAGGGAUGUCUGUGGGGGAUGUACUCAACAAAUACCCAUACUUAAGGACGCCUGCUGGAUUUUUUGACGAGGUUGAUCGAAUCCAUCCUUCAACAAGUAGCUUCUGUCAUCGCUUCAAAGAGGGCUUUGCUCGAGUUUUGCCAAAUGUGCUGAAACUUGCCGAGGGAAAAUCUCCCCUCGCAAAACAGUACACUGAUGCAAGACGGGAUGCAUUAGCUGAGGAUCUACCAGAAAUCGACUUAAGGGCCGGGCUUAUCCUCUUGCCAUCCAUCUUCAGAGAAAAGACUGAACACUACAUCACAAUGGGAGAGGGGGACCCUGCUACACCCUAUCCAACCAUACAACUGAUGGACAAUGACUGGAAAAUGGCGAUCACAGGAAGAGGGCUUAGUGUGGUGAAAGUAGAUGGAGUAGAUGUGUGCCAGUGCACAGGCCUUGAUGAAGCCUUCAUAACAGCCUUCAGUAUGUAUUUUGCUUUCAACAUUACCUACCCACUGCACCUGAAAAACACACUGACCUUCCUUCAGAGGCAUUGUUUACCUGGUGACCCUUUGGAGGGGCCCGACCCCUCAGCUGCUCACCUCAUCCUCGUCUUCAUCAGUGGAACAGUAACUCUGAGUCAGGCUGGAGAUUUACUGGAUGGCUGUGACAUCACUGAUGAUAGGACAGGAGGGAGACACAGAGACAGAGAUGUUGGGAUAAAAGCGGCGGCUCAGCAGCAGCGGGACUCAGCUGGAUCCACGGAACCUGAACGAACCACAGACCGGAUCCUGCCCGACUCUACCGGACCCACCUGCCCGGCGCGGAGCGACUCUGCCCGGCCUGACGUGCCGCUGCGGCUCGGAGCGGCGGAGCAGGAGGAGCUGCAGGCGGAGGAGCAAGGUGAUCAGACUCUGUGA